AUGCCCCCCAAGGGCUCGCACAUGGUGGCUCGCGCCCCGCCCCCAGACGCACCGCUCACCCCGGCUGGCGUGCAGCAAAAGGCGUACGCGACGAGCAUCUCCGACUUGGAACUGCCCAAGACCAGUCUCGUCAAGCUUGCCAAGGGUUCGAUUCCCGACAAUGUCAAGAUGCAGCAGGACGUGGUCCACGCGCUCAUGCGGUCGUCGACCCUCUUCAUCAACUACCUGAUGAAACACUGUGGCCGGUGGGGCUUGCUUGACCGUGCAACUGCUCCUGUGCGCCGACAGCGUCCCCACCCGGAUGCCGAGUUACCUGCCGAUAGUAGCGGCCUGGCUGCCGUCUGGAGGCUCCUGGCGCCCUCACCUUUUGUGACAGCUGUCGCUGGGAUCGCUGGGGACAAUGUGUCCACUGCUCCGUCUCCAGCCAACUGCCUUGCCGAGGGAGUGCGGCUGAGGACGAGCAAGGUUACCAGUCUACCCGUUAACCUUGCAAUCGCUCCUCUGUGUCUACUCCCUCUCCCUCAACACCCAACAGCUGCCCUCUCGCGUGCCGGAAAGCAGAUCACUGCCGGCGACGUGAUCAAGGCCAUCACCGAGAUGGACUUUGGACCCGCGGACGCCCUCGUCCCCAUUCUUGAGCAGGAGCUUGCUGGUGAGUUCGCUGGCCAUCACAUCGUUUACCGCUUCGUCUCUGUCUUGCAGUUGAUCCUUGCGUUGUGGCAACUGACACAUCCAGCCUUCCGCUCGCACGCCGCUGCCGUCAAGGCCUCCAAGGCCAAGCCCCCCGGACCCGGCCGUGGACGCAGGCGCAAGUCCGCCGUCGACCAGGCCGAAGGCGAGGGCGACGUCAGCAUGGCCGCCGACGGAGACGAGGACGAGGAUGAUGACGAUGAGGCUGAAGAGGGUGAAGGUGAAGGAGAGGAUGGAGAGGAGGGCGAUGACGGCGAGGAGGACGAGGUGGACGACGCUGCCUAG